AUGAAAAACAACGGGAAGGAAAGUACAAAGUUUACAGCUAAUCCUUCAGUUCCCCAGAAACCCGAGAACGAACCUUCAACAAGUGAAAACCUGAAUUCAAGAGACUGGUCUAAAAUGGUUGAAGAAGACCUAGGCAGGGAGGAAUCAGAUAAGAGAGAAAAGGGUAACCAGCUAAUAGAUGAAUUAACAAAUUCGAAUAAUGUGUCGGGAAUUUCCUUAGAAACUUCCGACUCGAAUGCACGUGAUAGAUCUUCCUUAGAUCCGAUUUUGCCAGAGCAAAAUCGUGAAUUAAAUUUAAAUAAUUUUUCCGAAAAAGAGAGCAGUAAUUCAGAGAACGAACCUACUGCAGCCCAUACUUCAAGAAAGUGGGCCAACUUGUUCACACAGUUAAGAAGGGAUAAAGCGACUUUCUCCAGUUUCUCACCAAGAGGCAGUACAAAAAAUGACAAUGCA